GAAGCCGGAGAAGAGGGCUGGUGCCUAUAAUCUUAUCUUUACUUGCAAUUGCACUGCACCAACGUAAUUCAUUGCCUAAAUUUCCCAAUUCGUUUGAGGAAUUUCAGAUCCGUAGCUCUUCUGUUUUACCAGCAAAACCCUAAGCAUGGAUCGGUACCAGAAAGUGGAGAAGCCGAAGGUCGAGACUCCGAUUGAUGAGAAUGAGAUUCGGAUUACGAGCCAAGGCAGGAUGCGGAGUUACAUUACUUACGCCAUGACGCUGCUUCAGGAGAAAGGUUCGGAUGAUAUAGUGUUUAAGGCAAUGGGCAGAGCCAUUAACAAAACAGUGACGAUCGUGGAGCUGAUCAAGAGGAGAAUUGUUGGUCUUCACCAGAUUACUGCUAUUCAAUCUAUUGACAUAACCGACACAUGGGAACCCCUGGAGGAAGGGCUUCAAAUUCUGGAAACCACUAGAAAAGUUUCAAUGGUUACAAUAACACUCUCAAAAAAGGAGCUGGAUACAAAAAACGUCGGGUACCAACACCCAAUACCAGAAGAUCAGGUGAAGGUGUUGUCUCCAGAUGUAGACUAUGAUGGAGAGGGAUCGCCUCCUACCCGUGGAAGAGGCCGAGGUGGCAGAGGGAGGGGAAGACCUAGAUUCCAGUCUGGGAAUGGUUUUGCUUAUGCUGAGUAUGAUGAUGGAGGCUAUGAAAGGAACCGUGGGUACGCCAGAGGUAGGGGACGAGGUAGAGGCCGUGGUUUCCGUGGCCGUGGAAGGGGUGGCUACAAUGGUCCUCAGGGGGAUGCUCAGCAUGACGAUGGAAGCUACAAUCAAGAAGCACCACGAGGUCGUGGCCGUGGGAGGGGAAUUCGGGGAAGGGGUCGUGGGUUCAGAGCUAAUGUGCCGGUCCAAGCAGCUGCUUGAGAUGCGUAGGUGUUGAAAAGUGGGGUUUAUUAUUGUAUGAGGACAGUAUGGUUCCAUAAGCUGAUAUGUAUCCACCCCAUCUCUAUGUUUGUUUUUAGUUUUAUUGAUAUUUAUUAUUUUUCCACCAAUUCUAGUUGUAAUUUUAGGGUGUAAUCAUUUUAGACUUGCUUGAGCCGCUCUAGCGUGCUGAGUCGUUUUUGUUCUCUUUGUCACGCAUAUUUUUCAUUUGGACAUCCAUAUUUGUUUAAUGCAACGUGAUUGGUCAGGACCA